AUGCAGGAGGUCGAUGAGAAAAUCGCGGUCGAUCCCGACUUUUAUCAGAUCGAAAAUGAUUAUGAUCCUAGCGACUUCCAAUCAGAGACCACAUCUCUCGCUUCCUCCAUCUACAAGGGGGUGAUGGAUAACGGCCGACGGUAUCAAACUCUUCGGGAAGGCAAAUACUGGGGCCCCUCUGAUGAGCAGCAAUUCGAGGCACUCGAGGCCGGACACUUGGUAUCCAUGGUCAUGGAUUCCGAAACAAACAACCCUCUAUUCCAAGCCCCAAUCAAAAACCCGAAGCGCAUUCUUGAUGUCGGUACUGGUCGAGGAAGCUGGGCAGUUGAUGUGGCGGACAUGUUUCCCGAAUCCCAAGUUCGCGGUGUCGAUCUUUACCCUCCGCCCAUUGAUUGGAUGCCUCCCAACUGCAUCCUCGAAGUGGAUGACGUCCUUCAAGAGUGGACUUGGCGUGAAAAGUUUGAUCUCAUUCACAUGAGUCUCAUGCUGGGCUCCUUCAAUGCAACUGAAUGGGAAACUGUCUACAGGCAGUGCUACGAGAACUUGGAGCCCGGAGGGUGGUUUGAGCAGUUUGAAGGAGGCUGCAAUGUACUCUCUGAUGACAAUACCUUGCCCAAGGACAGUGUCUUAGCAAGCUGGGGCCCCAACAUUCUAGGUGCAGCUGCGCUAUCCGGCCGCCCUGUCGACACCCUUGAUACUAUGCGCAAGGAAAUUGAGAAGGCUGGCUUCAUUGAUCUCCACGAAAAGGUAUAUAGAUGGCCCAUAGGCCCUUGGCCAAGGGAUCCUGUGUUGAAGGAAGCUGGUCGUCUCAACUGGCACAUGUGGAAGACCGGGAUGGACGGGUAUGCCACAUAUUUGCUCACUAAGUUCGGUCUCCCCGAGCCAUGGAGUAUCGAGGAAGUUCAAGUUUUUGUCGCCAAAGCCCGAGCUGAGAUACACAACCCCAAGUACCAUAUCUAUCACUUUUCUCGGCGAAUUUGGGCCCGUAGGCCCACGGAGGAGGAGGCCGCAGAAAUCGCCGCCAAGAAGGAAAAGGAGGACUUGCAACGAGAUAGGGAGCAGGACAAGAAACAGGGAAAAAAGGAUUUAUCAGGAGCCGACAAGAUUAAUACUAGCCAGGUGACAACACCUGGACUGAUGAAAGACACCCCUAGCUCCGAGGGUGUUUGA